UUCAGUUCAGUUCUGUAGGGCAAUUUUGGUGCCUUAAAUCAUUUUGGGUUUUAGGGUUUCGAAAAUCAAUCAGUCAAUCAUACUUUUGGAACCAUACUAGAGGGAGGGAGGGAGGAAGGAAUUUCAGAGCAAUCAUGGACGUUGAUUCAGAGCCAUCAAUGGAGGAAACCAUUUUGGUAGGUGAUGAUUUAAUGACAGGACCACCAUCACCUAUCAUACCUCCAGAAAUUGCUUCCCAUGUUCUUGAAGGUGUUGAAACUUGUGAUGGGAUUCUUAGGAAUUUCUUCUUAUGUUUGCAAAUCAAUGAUAUUGAACCAUUUUGUCAAGAUGAGAUUGUUAUAUACAAACAAUGUGUCGAUAAACGGGAUAAGAUACUGAGGCAACGGCUUCGAGAGAGUGAACAUAAAUUGGGGCUAUCAAUGCCAUUAGAUGACGCCAAAGAUAGAGCUACUCAACUUCAAUCAGAGGUCACAUCACUGGAGAGGCGCUUAAUUCUUGCAAGUGGAGCUGAAGGGAUGGACGGGUUUCGCCAGAGAUGGAGUUUGCAUGGACGCCUUGAAGACACUAAAAAAAGAUUAGAGUCCUUGAAGCAGGGAAUGGAGAGGAGAGAAAAGAAAGAAGAGCCAACAAGUUCAACUGCUACUAAGAAAGGUUGGUUCUCUUAAUAAAAACAACCGACAACCUGUGUUACAGAACUCACCUGAUUAUGUCAUUCCUUGUCAGAAACUUGCAUAGAUUUUGUCACUAGCUAUGUAAGCGAUAGCUUUUGUGUUUAUUUAGACUUUCUACGUCUCAAUGUGGGCUAUCAACAGUUCAUGAUUGAAGUUAAUUUGUGGUUAACAUUACGUCUAGGUGGAAAAUAGACAGAUUAGGCGAACAGUGCUGGAUAAAAUUUUGUAUCUAAACAUACUGUACUUGUUUGCUCUUCCCAUUUGUAAAAGAAGGGUGGUGUUAUGCGCAACAAAGUAAAUUUUUAUUUGGAAAAACA